CAUUGGGAAGGAACCCGGAAAGGGAAGAGAACAGUCAGCUGACCUGACUUGUGUUGAUGCUUCUUGUUACACUGGUUAAAGUGAGAUUUCACCAGCUUUAAAUCAUCUGUCUGUUUCAGUUCGAGGUUCGGAAAGUAAGUGAGUCGUGAUGUUACGACCGAAGGCGCUGACUCAGGUCCUCAGCCAAGCAAACACAAACGGAGUCCAAAGCACUCUCUUACUGAAUAAUGAAGGCUCACUUCUGGCUUACUCUGGGUAUGGAGACACCGACGCACGGGUGACAGCAGCCAUCGCCAGCAACAUCUGGGCGGCCUACGACAAGAACGGCCACCAAGCCUUUAACGAAGACAAACUCAAAUUCAUACUCAUGGAUUGUAUGGAGGGAAGAGUGGCCAUUACUCGUGUAGCAAACCUUCUCCUGUGUAUGUACGCCAAAGAGACGGUGGGCUUUGGGAUGCUUAAAGCCAAGGCAGAGGCCCUGGUGCAGUACCUGGAGGAGCCAUUAACCCAAGUAGCAGCAUCAUAGUGAAGACGUGCCUGUCACUGUCAUGCCUGUAGACAAAGGAUCACAUGAUCCAGGUUAUUCAUGGACUUCUGUCACAUUCUGUACAUGCAUUAAUCAAUAAGUGUGAGAGUGAACGUGUGCGCAGGGGGAGAGGGGCCUGGGUUUAUUAAUCUAUUUAUAACUUUGAAUUUAAAACUUGGAUUGGUUUGUUCCCCUUUUUCUUUUGACUCAUCAUAUGACUGUCUGUUCUGAAAGUCCACAUAUUUUUGUCUGUGAGAAGUCUGAGUGUAAAGAUGCUGAAAUGACUCCAUUAUCUGCGGGUCCACAGUUGAUUUAUUCAUCUGCAGUUUUUUCUCAGCCUUGCCGCUCACAGUGAGGCAGAAAAUUGAACAUUUUGAAACCCAUCAGAGGGUCUAAAUGCAGAUAAUGUAAAAGUUUGUGGAGACCUUCGUAAGAAUUUCUGGCUGGUGAAAAUGUAGUUCAGAUUUUUUGCUAUGUUGUUUCAAAGCUGUCAAAUAAAAAGUAAUUGAAUCAAUA